AAGCGGUACAACUUCCUUUCCUACACCGUUAUCUCUUUUGUUUUUCUAGUGAAGCAACUUCUCAGCUUCUCUAAAAAUUACCUCGCUUUCCCCAACUAAACAACUUCUUUAAACCCAUCACUAGGCCACACCAUCACUAGGGAAAAAAUAUAGUGGACUGAAGCGAUUUCCAAUACAUUUACUGGCUCUUAAUUUAUACCAAUUCCUGGUGUCCUACUAUUUAUCUAACUCCCUAUUCUUUAUUAAUUGUUUAUUAUUUUUUUUCGGAAUUGGAAAAAGAGUUUCGGAUUUGAAUGACUUUAAGCUUGAUCUCCUGCCCAUUGUAGAUCUUUAUUGUCUAUCCCUACGGAAAAGAUAAAAUAAUACAAAUACACAACAUUUAGUGUGUUUGAUUGAGUCGAUUUUAUCACCCGCCUUGUUAUCUAUUUUAUAUGUGUUUUAAUUCAGUUGAAAAGAAUCAACUGUGAAAUGGGUAAGUCGGAUUUAUUUUCCAUAAGGUACAACUAAUUUCACCGUUUGUCUUAUUCACCUUAUACAAUAGUUGUAAAUUUGGUCGCUACGACAGAAUUAUUAGUCGCCUAAUCAUUAUAUAAAUAUAUCACCUAACAAUAUCAUAAUUUUCAACGACAUUAGCAAUUGUAAUAAUGACAUGGUUCCAGCUUUAAGAAACCAGAAUAAAAACAAAAACAAGAUUUUUAACUACAUUUUGUCACAAUGGAGAAAAGUAAGAAAGAAAGGUCAUUUCCUUGCAAUGUAUGCGGGAAGAACUUUGCACAGAACGGUUAUUUAAAAGUACACAUGAGAAUCCAUACAGGGGAGAAACCAUACAAAUGCGAGGUCUGCGAAAAGGCCUUCACAAAGAGCAGUGACUUAAUAACACACACUCGAAUUCACACAGGUGAGAAACCAUACCAGUGUAUUACCUGCGGUGAAACCUUCACACAAAACGGCAACCUACAGAGACAUAUCCGAACACACACGGGGGAGAAAUUGUUCCACUGCGACAUAUGCCAGCGAUCCUUCUGCGACAACAAGUACCUGCAGCUCCACAGGAGAUCUCACACCGAUCCUGUCUUGCGUUGCGAGAUCUGCCAUAAGAAACUCAAAACCAUUGAAACGAUGAAGAACCACAUGCAGAUUCACACUGGCGAAAAGUCCUACCAUUGCGAAUAUUGCGACAAGUCGUUUUGGUGUAUUGCCAGUUUCCAAAAGCAUUCUAAGAUCCACAACGAAGACAAUCCGUACCGAUGUGAGACUUGCGGUCAUGUGUUCUCAUCCGAUAAAUCUUUGCAAAGCCACAUUCGUGUACACACGGGAGAGCGGCCCUUUCGUUGCGAUCCUUGCGACAAGUAUUUCACGACGGAAAGCAGACUACGGAAACACAACCGAACCCACACCAGCGAAUGGCCUUACAUGUGCUUAAUCUGCAACACGGAAUUCACAGAGAAAGCUGAUAUUAAAGAGCACUUGACUACACAUUCCGAGAUUAAAGAGUUUGAGUGCCAGGUGUGCGGUGCUCGAUUCGCUUGGCGAGAUCAGUUGAAACUUCACAUUCGGACUCACACAGGUGAAAAGCCAUUUCCCUGCAAAAUCUGUGGCAGAUCAUUUGCCCGAAAAGCAAUUUUAAGUAACCACCUUAUGACUCACACAGGUGAAAAACCCUUCUCUUGUUGGCUAUGUUCAAAGGCUUUCUCUCGGAAUAGCAUGUUAAAGCAACAUAUGAAGACACAUACAGAGGAAGAUCUUAAAAAUUGCUAAAACAAACUUCCAAAUCUCCACCAUAACUUAACAUUAAAAAAGUACUAAGAGACAGCAUUCCCUCCAAACCUGAAACUUAACUUUCAGAUUUGUUUUCCAAUGAAACCACAAGGUCCUUUUAUGAGAGUAAUAUUAAGUAACUUAACAGUUCUAUUCUGAGACCCCCUUUGGUCACGACACUGACCAUGGGAUUGCACCUAGAAAGUUGCCCUCCCAGGCACAAGUCCGGGCAAGGUUGUUUAUGGGAGACCAGCAGUUGCCCAUGCAUACUGGU